AUGUCGGGCCGUACAGUCAAAGAUGCGAAGAGAUGGUGGUGGCAGUUGUCUAGAUAUUGGCUUAGAGUUCUCAGACCCGCUGUCCAUAAUGUAGAAAUUGCGAAUGUUCGAGCGCCAGUCGAAGGCUUGCGGGUAGGGUUGACAGGGGUAGGUAAGGCAUCGAUUUGGUGUCUAUUUGGUGGUGAUGUUGGUGGUGAUGUUGGUGGUGGUGCUGGUGGUGAUGCAGCUGGCGGUGGUGCUGGUGGUGCUGGUGGUGCUGGUGGUGCUGGUGGUGCUGGUGGUGCUAGUGGUGCUGGUGGUGCUGGUGGUGCUGGUGGUGCUGGUGGUGGUGGUGGUGGUGGUGGUGCUAGUGAUGCUGGUGAUGCAGCUGGCGGUGAUGCUGGUGGUGGUGAUGCUGGCGGUGGUGCUGGUGCUGGUGCUGGUGACGCUGGUGGUGGUGCAGGUGAUGCUGGUGGUGGUGCUGGUGGUGGUGCUGGUGGUGGUGCUGGUGGUGGUGCUGGUGGUGGUGCUGGUGGUGGUGCUGGUGGUGGUGCUGGUGGUGGUGCUGGUGGUGGUGCUGGUGGUGGUGCUGGUGGUGGUGCUGGUGGUGGUGCUGGUGGUGGUGCAGGUGGUGACGCUGGUGGUGGUGCAGGUGGUGAUGCUGGUGGUGGUGCUGGUGGUGACGCCGGUGGUGGUGCAGGUGGUGCUACUGCUGGUGGUGCUGGUGAUGCUGGUGUCAAGUUUCUUGCCGUCUGGUUGGCCGGAGAAUGGCCAGUGUCCUAA